AUUUAGUGUGACGUCUUUGUUUCUAACGCUAUAUAAACAGAGACCAAAUUAAACAAUUCAGUACCACACCAGAGCUGUUGAACUCACAAGACUGACACAAAAUCCAGAAAAUGCUGCGAUUCAUUGCUGUUGCCUGCAUUGUGGCCUGCGCAUUUGCGGACUCCUUAGACUACCCCAAAUCUGACUACUACGGGGGAUGUGGACAAUGGGGGUGUGCUUACGGUGUUCAAUCACAGGGUCCAUAUGGGGGAUAUCAAGGACUAGUCAGUACUGGUGGCAAUGGAGUUAGCACUGGUGUCGUUAGAACUGGAGGACUUAACACAGGAUUGUUCGGUCUUGGAGGUGGAUCAGCUGCCGCCAGCGCCGCUGCUGCAGGAAACGCUGCCGCUGCUUCUGCUGCCGCUGCUGGUCAGAAUGCUGCUGCUGCUUCCGCUGCCGCUGCUGGUGGAAACGCCGCUGCAUCCGCUGCCGCAGCUGGUGGAUUAGGAUGGAACGUUGCCCCAAACAACUAUUGGUACCCAGGUCAAUACUACAAUCAUUUCCCCUCACAGUAUUACACUUUCCCAGGACAAUACUACACUUACCCCGGACAAUACCACACUUACCCCGGACAGCAGUACCCUUUCCCAGGGUUCAACUAUAACAGCCGAUUCGCUUUCCCUAACUAUGGAUUGAACCUUGGAGGUGGAUCUGCUGCUGCUAGCGCCGCUGCUGCAGGAAUCGGAAACGCCGCUGCUGCUUCAGCUGCGUCUGUUGGUGGAUUCAAUGGUUUUAAUGACGGAAUCAUCUUCGGUGGAUCUAGACGCAGUUUUGGAAGCAGGGGACUUAGAAAAAAAAUGAUGCGAUUUGUUGCUAUUGCCUGCAUUGUGGCCUGCGCAUUUGCAGACUCCAUAGACUACCCCAAAUCUGACUACUACGGGGGAUGUGGACCAUGGGGAUGUUCUUACGGUGUUCAAUCACAGGGUCCAUAUGGGGGAUAUCAACAACUAGUCAGUACUGGUGGCAACGGAGUUAGCACUGGUGUCGUUAGCACUGGAGGACUUAACACAGGAUUGUUCGGUCUUGGAGGUGGAUCAGCUGCCGCCAGCGCCGCUGCUGCAGGAAACGCUGCCGCUGCUUCUGCUGCCGCUGCUGGUCAGAAUGCUGCUGCUGCUGCUUCCGCUGCUGCUGCUGGUGGAAACGCCGCUGCAUCCGCUGCCGCUGCUGGUGGAUUAGGAUGGAAUGUUGCCCCAAACAACUAUUGGUACCCAGGACAAUACUACAAUCAUUUCCCCGCACAAUAUCACACGUUCCCAGGACAAUACUACACUUACCCCGGACAGUACCACACUUACCCCGGACAGCAGUACCCUUUCCCAGGGUUCAACUAUAACAGCCGAUUCUCUUUCCCCUACUCUGGAUUGAACCUUGGAGGUGGAUCUGCUGCUGCUAGCGCCGCUGCUGCAGGAAUUGGAAAUGCCGCCGCUGCUUCAGCUGCCUCUGCUGGUGGAUUCAAUGGUUUCAAUGGCGGAAUCAUCUUCGGUGGAUCUAGACGCAGUUUUGGAAGCAGGAGACUUAGAAAAGUAUACUAGAUAGGUUGGAGGGUUCUGUUCAUUGUCUGUUGCUAAUGUCAUUCGUUUACAUGAAUAAAUUUUAUAUAUUUCUAA